AUGAUGUCAGAUAAGCAGCUAGAAGAAUUAGGUGUCAAGGCAAUGGGCGACCGACUACGUAUUCGAGCAUUUUGUGAAAGAAAGUCGAAAACAACAGUCGAACAGAAGAAGCGACAAGACGCCGUUGACAAGCUGAAAAGCAUGCUUGGCCAUCAAAGGGCCUCAAAAAGGAGUCACGGGCGCGAAUCGUUCGAGAAAAAGGAAAAGAAAAUGGCCAAAACAGCUGUUAAAUUCGAAUUUGGUUGGAAGCACUGGUGUACAAGAACUGAAACAUUUAGACAAAAGAAAAAGGGAAGCGGAGGCGGAACCAGGGUUGUAGACAUACCUAAGGUUGCAAGUGCCGACGAGUGCUUGGGAAUAGCAAAAGAAUUAUUCUUUCCACUGGGUGUCAGUCCCGAAGGAUCGCAGGAUGAAAUGGAUUUGUCCCUUGGUGAUUUUAAUGGUUGUGGUGUUACUGACGUUAGGGUCGAUGGCGAGUUGCUCCCUUUUACUGCCGAGCGAUACAAGGCAGCGACCGGCUUUACCAAGCCUCGAUUGUACCUGUUGUCCAAAGAAAAGCUGCCAUACGACUCUGGCGAUGAAAAAGAUUUGCUUCGCGCUAUGAUACCUUCGCGUGAUGCUUCUGAGGGUGGAAAUGGCUCGUCGCAGCUCAUUGGCACAUCGAAAGAGAGAGAAGAGUAUCGUAAUAAGCUUGCUCUGGAAGUAGCCGCUUCACUUAAGCAAGACCAAGCGAAAGAUGCAAUUAACAAAGAGAUCGUUAGAGCACAAGAAGAAGGAGCCCAGUUAGAAAGGUUGCGGCGAUCACGUUCAAAGCGAGUCUUACCAGAGGCGGAAGAAGACGGAAGUUUUCUACUUGUUAGAGUCAGACACACCAGCCUUGGUAUAGUUACCAGACGCUUCCCAGUUGAUGCAGCGAUGUGGAAUGUGUACGACUGGAUAGGGUCACUGAGCUGCACUCCUAAGUACUUCUCCCUCUCAAAGGAGCCUAAAGUGCCAAUAUCUCCUGCUGAAGGUGUGCAGAUCAGCCAUUCGCACCUUCUUACCAUGACUGUGGAAGACGAUCCGUUACCCUUAAUCGAAGAUGACGGCGAAGUUGCGUUCCACGGAUACCAUCUGGGUGAUGAAACGCUGGGGACACCUUAA